AUGACUUGGCAUCAUAAUAAAGAUCGUAGAAAUGACGGCUGUAUGAGACACCCAAGCGAUUCUCCUGCAUGGAUGACUUUUGAUCACAACCACAAGGAUUUUGCUGCAGAUCCUCGAAAUGUUAGACUUGGGCUAGCUUCUGAUGGAAUGAAUCCUUUCAAGACAUUAAGUGUAAGUCACAGUACAUGGCCAAUUAUUUUAAUACCAUAUAAUCUUCCUCCAUGGAUGUGCAUGAAACAACCAAAUUUUAUUAUGUCCUUGCUCAUACCUGGUCCAGAAGCACCUAGAAAUAAUAUUAAUGUAUAUUUAGAGCCAUUGAUUGAAGAGUUAAAGGAUCUGUGGAAAAUUGGAGUUGAAACUUUUGAUGCAUCUACAAAGAAAAACUUUAAUUUGCGAGCAUCACUAUUAUGGACUAUUAGUGAUUUUCCAGCAUAUGCUAACUUAUCAGGAUGGAGUACAAAAGGAAAAUAUGCAUGCCCAUGUUGUCAUGAAGAUACUUGUUCUUUUUGGUUGAAGCACAGUAAAAAGCAUUGUUAUAUGGGUCAUCGUCGUUGGUUAGAAAAUUACCACUCAUUUAGAAAUGAUGAAAAGUCUUUUGAUGGCACAAAGGAGAAAAGAAUGGCUCCAACACCAUUAUCUGGUUCUAUGAUAUUGGAUAUGCUAGAAGGCUACGAAAUUAAAUUUGGAAAGAAAGUUGUUAAUCCUCAAUUGCCAUAUGGUUGGAAGAAAAGGACUUAUGAGGCGAGAAUCGUUAGACCAUCAGUUUAUCGUUGCAUGUACCCUAUUGAAAGGUACUUGUCUAAGUUGAAAUCAUACGUUCGAAACAGAAGCAAACCAGAAGGUUGUAUUGCUGAAGGAUAUUUAGCUGAUGAAUGUUUGACAUUUUGCUCAAGAUACAUGGAAGGUGUGGAGACAAAUUUUAAUCGCAAGCCUAGAAAUUACAGUAAUUUGGAAGUCGAUGAAAAUUUGCUUCCUAUUUUCCAAAUGACAGGUCGAAAUUUGGGAAAAAAGUAUAUUAAGAGUUUAAACGAGAAUACUAAAGUUAAGGCACAUCGAUAUGUGCUAUUUAAUUGCAAUGUCGUGGACUCGUUCAUUGAGGAACAUCGUAAUAUUAUUGCACAACAAAAUUCUCGUCAAAGAGCAAUGACUAUAGAUCGGAUUCAUAGUCAGUCAUUUCCAUCAUGGUUUGCCAAAAAAGUAGAAGAAUUAUAUGAUAACGGAGAAUCGAAUUUCAGACGAUUUACAUUAAAAGCAGUUGAGAAGAAGUUAAAAACUCAAAAUAGUGGAGUUAUUAUGACUGCCAAGACUCAAAGUUUUGCAAGUAGUAGUGAUCCGAAUCCUGUUUUCGGAGAUGUUACAUUUUAUGGGAUAUUAACUGAUAUUAUAGAGCUAGAUUAUUCUUUGGGUAAUCGCGUUGUGUUAUUUAAGUGUGAUUGGAUUUCGAGAAGUGGCAUUAAAAAAGAGAGAGAUUGCACAAGAGUCAACCUUUCAAAAUUGAUGCGUGAAGAUGAGUCAUUCGUACUAGCAUCUCAAGCUGAACAGGUAAUUGAAAUGUGUAGUACAAAUUUUGAUGUUGAGGAUGGAGAUAUCAAUUUGAUAAGGAAUGAUAUUGAAGACAUAACUAUUGAUACAUUGGUGUCAACUUGUACAAAUGACAUGGGUGAAGAAGAAGAACCUUAG